AUGCUUGUUCACGCCCUCUCUGCCCCUCUCUGCGUGGCUACGCACGCGGUGGGAAUAUCACGUGAGAUAAGCUCACGUGGUAUUCGAGGCCGCACUGAGCCUUGGCUGAGUCGCUGUCUCGCCUCUCGACCAAUCGCCUCCUGCGGGCGUCUGCGGAUCUCCACCCCCGGCUCUCGCGCCCGUGCGCCCGCCGCUGAUGGCUCCUGUACUGAAUUGACUCGGCAGGCCAGGCCCUGCCCUUACCUUCAUCCCGAGCCCAAGCUUCAGCGGGCGCGAGUAUGGGUCUACAGCGCAGAGCGCGUUGCGAGCGCGCAGACCGCAGACGCGAGCUUGUCCUCAGCAACAGUAGAGUGUCACUUCCGUACGCUAGUCGAUCUCAUGCUGGGCCACUACAUGCUCACGCGCGGAGGCGACCGCUGUUCUGCAGAGAUCUUAGACCUCCUUAUGUUCUGCCUAGAGGCGUCGCAGGCGCAGGGCGGUCUGCUGCUGCCACCACCUCCACUCAGGCACACAGCAGCUGCGCCGCUGUCGCUGGCAGACGUAGAUUCAAGCAGGUAUACCUCUGCCCAGGCCAGCAUCGCCCCUACGCCGUCUGCGCGCUCGCCUAGCCUAUCGCCUCUGCCAGCAGCGCUUAAGCUGGCGCCUAAGCUAGAGCCUGCACUAAAGCAUCGCAUGUGCCGCGCUAGGGUGGGCAAUGGACAUGGGUGGAUACUAGAAGUUGAUGAGCGCACGGUCCCCCCUGCUAGCAAAAAUCUCGCUAAGCCGCUGAAUCAGCUAUACAAAUGUCGCCGUGGAUAUACUAUUAAUAUCUACACAGAGUUGGAUUAA